AUGCUUUCUGCCUCACUCUCGUCUCUCAUCUUGCAUCGGCAGAAGAAGAAGAAGAAGGUUUUUGAGGUGAGUAAAAUAACAAAAAUGGGAAAUGAAAUGGGUCCUCCAUGGUUGAAGCCAAUGCUGAAAACUGAUUAUUUCUUUCCCUGUCCGUUUCAUUCGGAUUCAAAUAAAAGUGAAUGCAAUAUGUAUUGCUUGGAUUGCUUGGGAAAUGGAAUUUGCUCUUACUGUUUGAUCCAUCACAAGGGCCAUCACGUUCUUCAGAUAAGGAGAUCUUCAUAUCAUAAUGCGGUAAGGAUUAAUGAAAUUCAGAAGUACAUAGACAUUUCUAGCAUACAACCGUACGUUAUAAAUGGUGCCAAGAUUCUGUUCUUGAAUGAGCGGCCGCAGCCAAAACCCGGAAAGGGAGUUACAUACACUUGUGAAAUUUGCGCACGUAGCCUCCCCGACUCCUUCCGGUUCUGUUCCCUUGGUUGCAAGUUGAAUGGCAUUAAGAGGGGCGACCCAGAGCUCACAUUUUCACACAAAAGAGGAGCAUUUGAUGGGAUGGAUUCAGAUUAUGAGCCAUCAACUCCAAAGAAGACUGCAUUUUUCUCUGAUUUCGGCUUCAGCCGCCCCUCGGGUUCUGUUAGUUCGGGAGACGAUAAUAUCAACAGUAUGUCUCCUGAUACACCACCUUUGUUCAAUCGCCACAGAAGAAAGGGCAUUCCUCAUCGUGCCCCUUUCUGA